CCCCCCCCCCCGGUGGGCCCCAUCCAGCCCACCCCAUCCAACCUGUCUCCGCCAAAUACUACUCCUCCCCCCAACCUUCUUCUUCCUUUAAUUUUUCCUUCUUUUCUUCUAAUUAUUAUUAGUACUAAUUCAACCUCCCCCUCGCCGCCGUCCUCCUCCUCCUCCUCCGCGUCCGCACGGCAGCCGGAGGCGGGAGGCGAGGCGAGGCGAGGCGCGCGGCGGAGAUGGCGAUCCUGUACGCGGUGGUGGCGCGCGGGACGGUGGUGCUGGCGGAGCACAGCGCGGCGGCGACCAACGCGGGCGCCGUGGCGCGGCAGGUCCUCGAGCGCCUCCCCGGCGGGGGAGCCGACAGCCACGUCUCCUACACGCAGGACCGCUACGUCUUCCACGCCAAGCGCACCGACGGCAUCACCGCGCUCUGCAUGGCCGACGAGGCCGCCGGACGGCGAAUCCCCUUUGCGUUCCUUGAGGAUAUCCAUGGAAGGUUCGUGAAGACAUAUGGCCGUGCUGCAUUGACAUCCCUUGCUUAUGGCAUGAAUGAUGAGUUCUCGAGGGUCUUGAGUCAGCAAAUGGAUUACUAUUCGAAUGACCCAAACGCAGACAGAAUAAAUCGUAUGAGGGGUGAAAUCAGUCAGGUCCGUACUGUUAUGAUUGACAAUAUUGAUAAAGUCCUUGAAAGAGGUGAUCGUUUGGACAUGUUGGUCGACAAGACUGCAAAUAUGCAAGGAAAUACAAUUCGUUUUAAACGACAAGCUCGCCGCUUCAGAAAUACCACCUGGUGGAGAAAUGUUAAACUCACGAUUGCGUUGAUAUUCCUCCUCACGGUAAUAAUAUACGUUGUGCUCGUCUUUAUGUGCCAUGGCUUCACCUUGCCUACUUGUAUUAGGUGAGAUGCCAUCCAUGUCUUUGUGUGGUGUGCUGGUGAGUGCUGCUGAACUAUUGCAACACCAUUGCAAUAGGUCAGGGUGGUUUUUGUGUAGAGAUUACUAUUUAUUGUGUAAUCAUGCUGUGUUGAUUGUGCAAACUCAAUGAAAGAUGUAAUCUUUGCCCCCCAUAAAUCCGCCUAUUUGGAGCUGUACGACCAUGGGAAUUCUACUAUUACUCUAUCAAUAUUCUUCGCUGCUGCUGCAGCUGCGUCUGCAUACUGCGGCCCUUUGUGCUUGUA